AAUCCUCAUCUCUUUUUCUCCAUUAUCACUCACUUGCAAAGCACACUAUCAUUCUCUUUAGUGGCCACUAGACUUCACCCAGAAACAUGUCUUUUUAAUGUCCCAUUUCCUUCUCUCACACCACACACACAUUUUAAUAAUCUUGAUUCUUACUAGGGUUUUGUUUUUGUUUUGGGUUGGUUUGGUUCUUCAUCCUUCACUCUCUUAAUUACAUGAAUCACACUCACACAAUGUUCUUCUCUCCCAUUUCACUGCUUGAAAAUGCCUUCAAUUUCAGAACUCUAUUCUCACUUUCUAUUCCAAUGUUCAACACUGCAAUGAUGAAUGAAAUCGCUUCUUGACCCUAAAACAGUUUCAACUUCUACAUUUCAUUCUCCAUUUUUUAUCAUCAACUCUAACAAAACCCAAAAGAUCUUCUACUUUAUUUCAUUCUUCUUCUUUUUGUUCAUCCAUGCAUAAUGACACAGAAGAAAAAGAUGGAUCUGAAACCGAAACCAUCAAACAAAUCAUCGAUCCGUUUUCUUCUUUUCCACAUAUAGCAACUGUGAAACCUAAUUUCUACACUCUUCCGAUGAAACGCACGGUUCGGCCUCUCUUCGCGCUCCUCCUCCUCCUAGUCUUCGCCGCCACGCUCACUUCACGCGUGGUCCUCCGCCGCGGCAUCCUCUCCAUCGAGCUCGAGUACCGCGUCCGGAUCCGCAACCCUCCGCCGCCGCAGCUCAACGACACGCUCCUCCACCACGCCGCGGUGGAGAUCGGCGAAGAGAAGUUCAAGCAGGAGAUCCAGAACCUCCUCGACGGAAACUUCGGCAGCCAUGCGCGCCACCGUACAUUCGUCUCCUGGCGUAGAUUUAUUCACCACGACCGCAGCGGAACCGCCGCCAACAUCCCGGCGACGCUCCGGUCGCCCCUUUUUUACCGGUACUGGCUUGACUUCCGGAAGGUUCUUCAUGAUUGGUUCAGGAAGCGACGAUUCCAACCCGGUAUCAUGUCCGAGUUGACUCGGUCAGUCAAGCUUCCAAUUGAUUCACACAACAAAGUAGUAACCAAGGGCAAAAAUAGAUAUUCUUCUUGUGCUGUUGUUGGGAACAGUGGGAUUUUGCUGAAUAGGGAUUAUGGAAGUGAAAUUGAUGCACAUGAGGUUGUGAUAAGGUUGAACAAUGCUAGGGUUGAUCACUUUGAGACCAAGGUUGGGAAGAAAACUAGCAUUUCAUUUAUGAAUAGUAACAUUCUACAUUUGUGUGCUAGAAGGGCUGGGUGUUUUUGUCACCCUUAUGGUGACCACGUUCCGAUUGUUAUGUAUAUUUGCCAGGCCGUGCAUUUCUUGGAUUACACUGCGUGCAAUGCUUCUCACAAGGCUCCUUUAUUGGUCACUGAUCCUAGGUUUGAUGUGUUGUGUGCAAGGAUUGUGAAAUAUUAUUCCUUGAAGAGGUUCGUGGAGGAGAGUGGGAAGGGCUUGGAGAAGUGGGGUGAGGAUCACGAUGGGGCUCUUUUUCAUUACUCUUCUGGGAUGCAAGCUGUGAUGCUGGCUUUGGGUAUUUGUGAUAGGGUUAGCAUUUUUGGGUUUGGGAAAUCGGCUUCUGCCAAGCAUCAUUACCACACUAACCAGAAGGCUGAGCUUCAUUUGCAUGAUUAUGAGGCUGAGUAUGCGUUUUAUAGGGACCUUGUUGAUGGACACAGGCCAAUUCCCUUCCUUGAGGACAGGUUUAAGGUUCCUCCUGUUGUCAUGUAUCAUUGAUGGAUGUUGAACUGCUCCUGCAAGUGGUAGAGGGCAUCUAUUAGUUGCUGUUCUGUUAUUGUAAUAUUGUGAGAUGCACAUAUAGUGGAAAGCAAAAUACUGAUUCAAGAUUUGUUUUUGCGUUGUACUGUCCCAAAUGAAGCCUCAAGGCAACACCAAGUGUAAAUUUUGGUUAGAUCAAUACAGCUUUGACCCGGAAAUGAUGA